UGUUCUGUUGUUGUUUUGCCGUGGGGGUAUCCGCUAGAAUUCAGUGAGCACUUGUUCAGUUUGGUCGGGUGAAAGCUUUAUCAAAAUCAUAUCAGUUUCGUUUAACAUCAUCAAAUAAUCAUGCCAGUUCAAAAUGAGAUAGCACCGCCCGCGGGUUAUGGACUAGGCAAUGCCAUCUGUGCAGUCUGUCAAGAAAAUUUCGGCGUUGACGAGCGAAUGGUGAAUUCCAAUGGUCAAAUUCUUCAUGAACGCUGUUUUGUUUGUGUGCAGUGCUUCCAGCCAUUUCCUGAUGGCUUGUUCUAUGAGUAUGAUGAACGAAGAUAUUGUGAAGAAGAUUUCCAGACUUUGUUUGCUCCUUGUUGUAAACAAUGUGGUAAGUUUGUGAUUGGCCGUGUCAUCAAGGCCAUGCAAGCUAACUGGCACCCUGAUUGCUUCCGUUGUGAGAUCUGUAAUGAUGGAUUGGCAGACUCUGGGUUUGUCAAGAAUGCUGGCAGGGCACUAUGCAAGAAAUGUAAUGCAGAUGAAAAGACUAAAAAAACUGGACGAUAUGUGUGCCGAAAGUGCCACACCUACAUUCCUGAAGGAGAGCAUCUGAUGUACAUGGGUGAACCUGUCCACCCCUGGCAUUACAAUUGUUUUUCAUGCAAGUAAGUAGCCAUUUGCAGUUUAUUUUAUUUUCCUUCACAACACUUUUCAUAAAUAUUUGGUUAGCCAGUUAGGAGAAUUUUUUGUGGAAUAAGACAGGUUUCCUGACUUUUACAUUUAUCAAGGUUUGAACCUAAUUCCCAUCAGGUCAAUGCGUACAAACUCUGGUUUGGAUUGUAUUAAGCAACCAGGAGUAUUUCAUCUUCUCUCUGGAUUAAAUGCUAGUCCAUAUGAGGGUUCUCCCAACAUUUACUUAGCUGGGAGAGGUAGUGUCUAAGACUCCAACCAUGUCCCAACCUGGACUGCUUGAUUAAGAGUUCAACAUACUACAUGUACUCAGCAGAGUUCAGAAUACCAUUUCUCGUAUUAUUUAUCAUGGCAACAAUAGUCAUCCAUAAAUUUUGUACUCAUUCAGCUUUGACUUUGCCAUUUGUGUCGUAGGUA